AUGUCUGCCGGACUCAAACGGAACAUCAACAACAACGUGGUCGACACCACCGCCGACCGGAAAUGGAGCCCGGAAGUCCAUACGAAAAUAUUCAUACCGCCCAUUAGCGUCACGGAACCCCGAGCGAAAUUUGCCAAAGAAGUCAGUGGCGCGACCACUCAACAAGAGCCGCGGCGGAAGUACGUGACGACGGCGGUCGGCAGCAGCGGAAGCGACAGUAGCGACGGUGGAUGUGCGGGUGGUGGCGGUGGUGUGGAAAGGGGCCGACGGCAUCCGGUGUCGCGGACCGGUUCGUACCGUGGCCAGCCGCAGCCGUUGUCACCAAUGUCGACCGGGGCGCUGUCGCCCAGCCUCCGGUCGCUCGGCGUGCCGGGCUCACCGUCUGCGGCCGCGAUGGCCAUCGGCUCCGCGAACCACAACUCGAAUUGCGGCAGCGGUGGCAUGAACGCAUCGUCGCACCACCCGCACCGGGACGCAUCGCCGCUCCGGUCCUGGUCGGACGCCGUGUCAGUCCGGUCACUGGCGUCCAUCGGCAUGGGCUCGACGGACGGCCGGAAGCUGACCAUCGCCAAAGUGCCCACGUCGCCAGCGGAACUGCUCAACUUGGCCAGCCCUCAGACAUUCAUUGAGAAAGAUGACGGUGAUUUUACAGAAUGCAGCAGUUGUUCCAGAUCACUUGCAGAAUCAUUAUCAGACUUUCGAUCCAGGACCAGAACUCACUAUUGGCGCAACAAACUCCAGUUCAUCUUAGCAUGCCUGGGCUGUUCGGUUGGCCUGGGCAAUAUGUGGCGGUUUCCAUAUCACUGCCACAAAAGUGGUGGAGGUAUAUUUUUAAUACCAUACUUUUUGGUGAUGAUAUUUUGUGGAAUACCACUGCUGUACUUAGAGUUAGCUAUUGGACAGUUUACUAAACGAGGACCAAUUAGUGCAAUAUCAAAACUGUGUCCAAUUCUAAAAGGCGUUGGUUUAUCCAGUGUGGUGACGUCGUUCUUCGUAUCCGUCUAUUACAACGUAAUCAUCGCAUACACUCUAUAUUAUUUCUUCUCGGCGAUCCAGAACCAGCCGCCGUGGGUGCACUGCAACAACCGGUGGAACACUGACCAAUGCUGGACGCCAGGCCGUAACAGCACUAGGCCUUUGGACGGCAGAAGUCCUACCGAAGAGUUUUACAACUUGAAAAUGCUGCAGAUCGCAAAAGACCCGAACACGUUGGGCAACGUCCGCUGGGAGUUGGCCGUGUGCAUGUUUGUCGUAUCCAUCGUCGUGUACUUCAAACUGUGGAAGAGCACCGAGUCGUCCGGCCGCGUACUACACCUGACCGCCACUCUGCCGUUCGCCAUGUUGGCCGUGCUGCUGGUCCGGUCACUGAUGCUGGAUGGCGCUGAAAUCGGUCUCGAAUAUUUCCUCUUUAAACUCCGCUGGGAACUACUGUUGGACUCGAAGGUAUGGGUGAGCGCCGUUGGUCAAAACCUAAGCUCCAUCGGUAUCGCUUUCGGUCUGGUUAUUUCGUUCUCUUCGUACAACCGUUACAACAACAAUAUAAUGGUGGAUACGGUGACCAUAUCACUCAUAAACGGCGUGUCGAGUUUUGCCGUGGGGCUAUUCACAUUCGCUACUUUAGGUAGCAUGGCCAAGGAAUACGGAAAAUCCGUGGAAGAAGUACUACCGGACGGUCCAGGAAUCGUGUUCAUUCUAUUCACAAAAGUGCUAUCCAGUAUGCCAUACUCAACGUACUUAUCGAUGUUACUGUUCUUCAUGAUGUUUUGUCUGGCCCUGAACAGCGAGUUCGCCAUCGUCGAAGUCAUCGUGACGUCUAUACAAGAUGGAUUUCCGCGCGCUGUCAAAAAAUAUCUAAUCUGUCACGAACUAUUGGUCUUGGUGGUCUGCUGUGCUUCGUUUCUACUCGGACUUCCACUUGUCACACAGGGUGGUACAUAUUUAUUCCAAAUAAUUGACUAUUACACUUCUACGUGGUCGGUGAUUUACAUUGCUUUUUUCGAAGUGAUCGCAGUGUCCUGGAUGUAUGGUGGUAAUAAAAUGGCAGCGGACAUCGAAAGAAUCACGGGAACAAAACCACUGUGGUUUUUCAAAUUCUGUUGGUACAUCACUACUCCUCUUUCACUGAUGUUUGUAUGGGCUUUCAGUUUAACAGACUAUGAACCACCCACCUAUAUGAAUGGCACUCGAAGCUUUCCCACUUGGGUCCACAUGAUAGGGUGGUCCAUGGUUAUGAUCUCAUUGGCAUGUAUACCCAUCAUGUCUGUUUAUACGUUCCUACAUUCCGAAGGAAAGACAUUUUACCAAAAACUGAACAGAUCAAUAAAGCCCCGAUCAAAUGAUUUUGGUGAGUUGCCAAUGGCGUCGAAAGACAACUUAAAAGAAAUGGCCACUUUGAUAGAAUGCAAAGCACCUCAAAUACCACCUAUUAUUGUCUUCCCGGAAACUGUUAAAAAUAGUAAAUAUAAUAAUUUAUGAUUGUAUACCAACGUUUUUUGUUGACAAUUAUUCCCUAAAUGUUUUUUUCACAAAUAACGAUUCAUAUAUAAUUUUAAUUCUAAUAUAUUUUCAUUGUAACACCACACACACAACACACACACACAUUCCAUACACCAUCUAUUAUAAUACGAUACACUCAACAAGUACAAUUCAUUGUACAAUACAUGUUUAACUGAAAAUUUGUGUAUUUUUAUUUUAUAUUAAGUUUAACAAAAAAAACUUUUACCUUCUUUAUUUUUUGUAUCAUGAUAAUAUUAUGUGGUUAUACUAAUCUAUUUUGAAUUCUGAUGCUCAUUUUAAAUUAUUAACGAUACGAGUAUUGAAAAUAUUACCAGCAAAUAAAACGAAUUUACCAUUUUACA